UAACCCUGCGUGGAAAACAUAAUUGGGCCCUCUAUUUAUGACUUACUAUUCUGAGUCUCUCGUACGACCUCUAUCUUCCUUCCCUCUCCCUGUUCCUCGUCUCAAGUUAAGUAAUUUGUUCCUUACAGAAUGGGUGGAAGCUCAGUAGAUCAUACCAUAGAUGAUGAUUGGGAACUCCCUUCCCUAUCCAGUGGUGAACGGGCUGUGGCCAGUGGAGAAUGGACUGUGGUUUUAGUUGGGCGUACUGGCAAUGGAAAAAGUGCCACCGGAAAUAGCAUUCUUGGAAGAAGGGCUUUUAAGUCCGGGGCUAGUUCAUCGGGUGUUACUAGUACAUCUGAAUUGCAGAGAACUGAACUGAAAGAUGGGCAGAUCAUUAAUGUUAUUGAUACUCCUGGACUCUUCGAUUUUUCCGCUGAAUCUGAAUUUAUUGGGAAGGAAAUUGUCAAAUGUAUUAAGUUGGCCAAGGAUGGUAUCCAUGCAGUCAUUGUAGUUUUCUCAGUGAGAGCCCGUUUUUCACAAGAAGAACUAGCUGCCCUACACAGCUUACAGACUUUGUUUGGAAGCAAAAUUAUAGACUACAUGAUUGUAGUCUUCACUGGUGGGGAUGAACUUGAAGAUAAUGAGGAAACGUUAGAAGACUAUUUGGGUCACAAUUGUCCUGAUCCUUUAAAGGAUAUUCUUGCUUUGUGUGAAAAUCGGCGAAUGCUUUUUGAUAACAAGACUAAAGAUGAAACCAAAAGAGCUAAACAAGUUAGAGAGCUUCUCAUCCUUGUUAACAGGGUCCUAGCGCAGAAUGGUGGACAACCAUACACAGAUGAUAUAUUUGCUGAAUUGAAGAGGGGGGCUAUGAAACUUCAUGAUCAACAAGUAGAGGUUAAUUCUCUAAAGGGAUAUUCAAAGCGAGAAAUUACAGAGCUGAAGGAGCAAAUAGAAAGAUCAUAUGAAGAUCAGCUCAAACAAAUUACUGAGAUGGUUGAGUCAAAGCUCAAAGAGACAACUAUUAAGCUUGAGCAGCAAUUGAAGGAGGAGCAAGUUGCCCGCCUAAAGGCAGAGGAGAAGGCAUGGGAAACUCAAAUGAGGUCAAAUGAUGAAAUUCGUCAACUUAGAGAGAAUCUUGAGAAAGCGAAGAAGGAAACCGAGGAGCUCCGGAAGCAAGCUGAAAAGCGGUGUUCUAUUCUCUGACUAAUCUUCAAUCAUUUGUGAGCAUGGUAUGUGCAGUCAUGUCAAGAACGCCUAAGAUUGUUUUAUCUUUUCACUGUUUUUCUUACCCUGAUGUCAAUAUGUUCACACUGCAAACAUCUGCAUUGUUAUCUAGUGAUUUUUAAAUGUUUUAUUCUCUGUAAAAUGCAAAUUUCCACCAUGCUAUCUCGAACAACAGUUGAAACUUGUAUUAAUGUUAUUUAAAUAUGGAUAUUAUAAGUUUACAAUUAACUUUA